CCGGUGGUGCGGGAGCAAUCUCCGGUGGUGCGGGAGCGGCCUCCGGUGCGGGAGCGGGAUCCCCCGCCGAGGACCAUGAGGAAAUUUAACAUCAGGAAGGUGCUGGACGGGCUGACCGCCGCCUCGUCCUCCUCCUCGGCCUCCUCCUCCUCCUCCUCGCAGCAGCAACAGCAGCAGCAGCACCAGCCCGCAAACCGGGACAGCGAAGUCCCGGAGACGCUCCAGGCCGACCACUUCCAGCUGUGCAAGACGGUUCGCCAUGGAUUCCCAUAUCAACCCUCAGCUCUGGCAUUUGAUCCUGUGCAGAAGAUCCUGGCAGUGGGAACUCAGACGGGUGCUUUAAGACUUUUUGGUCGUCCAGGAGUAGAAUGUUAUUGCCAACAUGACAGUGGUGCCGCAGUAAUCCAGCUCCAGUUCCUGAUAAAUGAGGGAGCUCUUGUGAGUGCCUUGGCUGAUGACACCUUACAUCUAUGGAAUUUGCGUCAGAAGAGACCUGCCAUUCUGCAUUCUCUCAAGUUUACCAGAGAAAGAAUAACAUUUUGCCAUCUGCCUUUCCAGAGUAAGUGGCUAUAUGUGGGUACCGAAAGAGGUAACAUACAUAUUGUCAAUGUGGAGUCCUUCACCCUAUCAGGCUACGUCAUUAUGUGGAAUAAAGCCAUUGAACUGUCAUCCAAAUCUCACCCAGGACCUGUUGUCCACAUAAGUGAUAAUCCAAUGGAUGAAGGAAAGCUUUUGAUUGGCUUUGAGUCUGGAACAGUGGUAUUAUGGGACCUCAAGUCUAAGAAAGCUGACUAUAGGUACACUCAUGAUGAGGCUAUCCACUCUGUUGCUUGGCACCAUGAAGGAAAACAAUUCAUUUGCAGCCAUUCAGAUGGCACUUUGACUAUAUGGAAUGUAAGAUCCCCUACCAAGCCUAUACAGACAAUCACUCCACAUGGAAAGCAGCUUAAAGAUGGAAAGAAGCCGGAACCAUGCAAACCUAUUCUCAAGGUGGAAUUUAAAACAACUAGAUCUGGGGAGCCUUUCAUUAUUCUCUCCGGAGGUUUGUCGUAUGACACUGUAGGAAGAAGACCCUGUUUAACAGUUAUGCAUGGCAAAAGCACUGCUGUUCUGGAAAUGGACUAUUCAAUUGUUGACUUUCUAACACUCUGUGAAACACCAUAUCCAAAUGAUUUUCAAGAGCCGUAUGCUGUGGUUGUUCUUCUAGAAAAGGAUUUAGUCCUUAUUGACCUUGCACAAAAUGGGUAUCCUAUAUUUGAAAAUCCCUACCCCUUGACAAUACAUGAAUCCCCUGUUACUUGUUGUGAAUAUUUUGCUGAUUGUCCUGCGGAGCUCAUUCCUGCACUUUAUUCUGUUGGAGUAAGACAAAAACGCCAAGCUUACAGUAAAAAGGAAUGGCCCAUCAGUGGAGGUAACUGGGGCUUGGGCACACAGAGCUACCCAGAAAUAAUUAUUACAGGGCAUGCAGAUGGGUCCCUCAAGUUCUGGGAUGCUUCAGCAAUAACAUUGCAAGUACUCUAUAAGCUAAAAACAUCUAAAGUAUUUGAAAAAUCAAGAAGUAAGGAAGAGAGACCAAGCACGGACAUAGUAGAUGAAGAUCCUUAUGCUAUUCAGAUCAUCUCAUGGUGCCCAGAAAGUAGAAUGCUGUCUAUAGCUGGAGUUUCCGCCCAUGUGAUUAUUUAUCGGUUCAGCAAACAGGAAGUGACUACAGAUGUAAUUCCGAUGCUUGAAGUCCGAUUGCUGUAUGAGAUCAAUGAUGUGGACUCUCCAGAGAGUGAGCAAGUGCCCCCUUUGCCAACACCAGGGGGAGGUUCCAAUCCACACCCUCCCGCUCCACAGUCGCAUCCAUCAACAAGUAGCAGCUCAUCAGAAGGACUUCGGGAUAACGUCCCAUGUUUAAAAGUUAAAAGCUCUCCACUCAAACAGUCUGCAGGCUAUCAGAUAGAACUAGUCAUUCAGUUGGUUUGGGUAGGUGGAGAACCACCGCAACAGAUAACUAGUCUGGCAGUUAAUUCUUCCUAUGGACUAGUAGUUUUUGGAAACUGUAAUGGCAUUGCAAUGGUUGAUUACCUCCAGAAAGCAGUGCUUCUCAACCUUGGCACCAUUGAACUUUAUGGUUCUAAUGAUCCUUAUCGGAGAGAACCACGGUCUCCACGUAAAUCUCGGCAACCAUCAGGAGCAGGCCUAUGUGAUAUUAAUGAAGGUACUGUUGUGCCAGAGGAUCGCUGCAAGUCUCCUACUUCUGGUUCUACAACUCCAUACAAUUCAGAUGAUGAACAAAAAAUGAAUAAUUUUAUAGAAAUGGUGAAGACCAAAAGCAGAAACUUUUCCAAGAGGGUAACCAAUGAUAUAGCCAAGAUGUCAAGGAAGUUAAGCUUGCCUACUGAACUAAAGCCUGAUUUAGAUGUAAGAGACAAUUCCUUCAGUCGAUCAAGGAGUUCUAGUGUAACAAGCAUCGACAAAGAAUCCCGAGAAGCGAUUUCAGCUCUUCAUUUCUGCGAAACAUUUACUCGAAAAGCAGAUUCAUCACCUUCUCCGUGUUUGUGGGUUGGCACUACCCUAGGUACAGUGCUCGUCAUUGCACUGAACCUUCCCCCGGGAGGAGAACAAAGACUUCUUCAGCCAGUAAUUGUCUCGCCAAGUGGUACAAUAUUGAGACUAAAGGGAGAAAUUCUGAGAAUGGCAUUUCUAGACACCAUCGGAUGUUUAGUUCCACCAGCAUAUGAGCCUUGGAGGGAACACAAUGUUCCUGAAGAGAAAGAUGAAAAGGACAAAUUGAAAAAGCGGCGACCUGUCUCUGUUUCUCCCUCCUCCUCUCAGGAAAUCAGUGAAAACCAGUAUGCAGUGAUAUGUUCUGUAAAGCAAGCCAAAGUCAUCUCACUGCCAACCCAGAACUGUGCUUAUAAGCAGAAUAUAACAGAGACCUCAUUUGUUCUUCGGGGUGAUAUAGUGGCAUUGAGCAAUAGUGUCUGCCUUGCAUGUUACUGUGCCAAUGGACAUAUCAUGACCUUCAGUCUGCCAAGUUUAAGGCCAUUGUUGGAUGUUUAUUACCUGCCACUUACCAACAUGCGGAUAGCCAGAACAUUCUGCUUCACCAACAAUGGACAGGCAUUGUACCUGGUAUCACCUACAGAAAUACAGAGACUCACCUACAGUCAAGAAACAUGUGAAAAUCUUCAGGAAAUGUUGGGUGAGCUCUUCACACCAGUAGAAACACCUGAAGCACCAAAUAGGGGAUUUUUUAAAGGCUUAUUUGGAGGUGGUGCACAAUCCCUUGACAGAGAAGAACUCUUUGGAGAAUCAGCAUCUGGAAAGGCUUCAAGGAGUCUUGCCCAGCACAUUCCUGGCCCUGGUGGGAUUGAAGGUGUUAAAGGAGCAGCUUCUGGGGUAGUUGGUGAGCUAGCACGAGCCCGGUUGGCAUUAGAUGAAAGAGGGCAGAAACUUGGGGACCUGGAAGAAAGAACAGCUGCCAUGUUGUCAAGUGCUGAUUCCUUCUCUAAACAUGCUCAUGAGAUGAUGUUGAAGUACAAAGAUAAGAAGUGGUACCAGUUCUGACAACUGUAUUCAACUUGAUCAGAAGGAAAAAAAAUGUUUUUUCUUCACGUUGAUUUCUUUAAGACCAUUAAAAUUAAUGGGGUAUUCAUCGUUGGAUACUAUUCUUUCCGAGCACAAUCAUGCACUGUUUUCCUCAGUCAUGUGGCAUUAACUGAGGAGCAUUAUAUUUAAACACACAUAUGAACUAGAGUGUGUGCAUCUUGGCUGUGUGUUCACAGCUUAGAAACUGAGCAGGUAACACAAAGCACAGGAGGAGAGAAAACAGGGAGCACUGGUGAGAAAUGGCAAGAAAGCAAUCCUAGAUCAUUCCUGGGUUGGAAUUCCCUUUGCCAAGGGGUCCUGUGCCAUUGUUUUUGCUGCCAGCAUAUUGCUUUCACAUAGGGAGAGGCAAAGACAGCAAAGGUCCUCAAAGCUGGGAAAAAUAAUUGUUUGGACUGGACAGUAAUCAACUGGCUGGACCUCCUCUCCCAUAAACUGGCUGACCAUCAGUGUCAUGAUUGAAGAAAAGUUAAAUAAUUUGUUACCACCCAUUUAGGCAGGCAAGUGGAACUAUGAGGUAUCGAUCAUGAAAACAUGAAUGCAGUUGAUCUGUGAAUGGACUAUUUUGGGAUUUCUGAUAUUGUAUUCCUAUAUGCAGUCCACAUUCUGCCAAGUGCAAAACAAGGUGAUAAAUCACUUUUCAUUGAAAAGAAAUGUGUAGAGCAUGACUGAACUGCUCAUCAUCCUGGUAGUUUUCAUGUAUAACGGCUAUGCAGUGUGAAAAGUGGGGAAAAAGCCUCCAUUGUGGUGAGGAGAAUACUUCAAUAUCUCUGUUUGUUCUCAUAAAUUCAGUUAGAGGUGAUUUUGACCAAAAUAGUUCUUGGGUAAAUUUGUUUUAAAAAUGUUGAAAUGGGCUAUGGUUUUCAUUUGUGCUUGGAUUUUUAUAAAAUGUUUGUUUAAAUGUAUGUUCGCGUCUGUGUAAUUAAAAUUGCUAAAGAAUGGUCUAAGAUUUUCCAGUAAAAUGAGCACCUCCUUUACUUAAAAAGAAAAACAAGAAAAAAAA